AUGAUCUGCCAACAGACCGGUUGGGGUGGUCAGCCCAUCCUCACCCACCGGAUCGGCGACGGUGAUACCUCUGCACGUGUAACGCCAGUGACAGACUCUCGUCGUCUACGCAUCACAUUCAAUGGCUCGGUAUCGGAUGUCCUCCCUUGGAAGUUCACUCCUCAACAGCGCGAGGUCCGGGUGCUACCGGGCGAGACGGCGCUGGCAUUCUAUACCGCAACAAAUAAGGGCCCGCAAGACAUUAUUGGAGUUGCAACAUACAGUGUCACGCCAGGUCAGGUUGCGCCAUACUUUAGCAAGAUCCAGUGCUUCUGUUUUGAAGAGCAGAAGCUCAAUGCUGGAGAGUCGGUGGACAUGCCUGUUUUCUUCUUCAUUGAUCCUGACUUUGCUACCGAUCCUACCAUGCAGGGUAUCGAUACGAUUACUCUGUCAUAUACCUUCUUCAAAGCGAAAUAUGAUGACAAUGGUGUUCUGACGCCAAUCUCCUCAUAA